AUGCACCGUUCUCGUCAUCCAAUUGACGUAACACUCAUCGUUGAUGAUGACAACGACGAUGAUGUACCUCAUCACCAUUUUAUUCCGUCUACAACUGGCGAUUAUUCAUCACUAAUUGUUGAUUCGCCAUCAGAUACAAUGUAUCAUCGUACUCAAUCACCCUCACCCUCACCCUCGCCAACAUCAUCACUUUCUUUGAAUAAUCAUACACAAGAUCCACAACCAGCAACAUCAUCUUCAGCGGCAACAGCAUCUGCUCAUCAGCCUCGCCGACGUUUAUCGCAUUCACUUGUUGAUCUAAAUGGGUCCAGUAAUAAUAUACAUCGUGAUCGUUUACGUUUCAAUACAUGGCCACGCCAUCGGAAAGAAAAACGUGAUAUACUGGUUGAAUAUGAUAAACGUUUGGCUAAGUCAGUUAUACAAGAGCUCGGUAUUGGUAUCAAUAAAACAUAUCGUAAUCCAUGGGGUAACUUAUCUUAUGCUCAAUUGAUUACACGUGCUAUCGAUAGUAGUCCAUGGAAACGCUUAACAUUAAAUGAAGUUUAUGAAUGGAUUAUUAAAUUUGUGCCAUAUUUUAAAGAUAAAAUUGAUGCAAAAACAAGUUGGGGAUGGAAGAAUUCAAUUCGACAUAAUUUAUCUUUACAUAAUCAAUUUAUUCGUGUGCCCGUUAUAUCAUCAUUAUCUAAAGGUCCUGUGAAAUAUGUUUGGACAAUAAACCCAUCGUUUAAAAAUAAUUCACCGUAUAAAAAAUAUAGUCUCAAGCGGAAACGAGCAGCUGCUGCAGCUGCACUUGCCUCACAAGCUGCUGCAGCGGCAGCGGCUGUUUCUAAUGUGAAUUCUUCAUCAUCGUCUUCAUCAGCAGCGGCAGUAGCUGCAUUAUCUCUUUCACAAGAUAGAAAUUCGCCAUCGUCAGUGUCCACACAACCGCUUAUUAAUAUGUCAAAUAAUUAUCAUCGACAAUCGUCAACAUCAUCUGCAUCUUUGCAAAAGCCAAAUCGUACUAAUGAUCAUACGCAAGGAAAUAAUUCAUCAUCACUUAAUCCAUUAUCGGUAGCUGCAGCGAUGAUGUCAGCUGGUGUUACAGAUCCAGCAGCAUAUCAUGCUUUUUUAAAUUCUCAAGCAACAGCAAUGCUGAAUAAACAUAAACAACAAACAUUAUCAUCGGCAAUGAAUCAACAAGCAUCAUCGAUGUCACAUCGACCACCACAAUCAAGCUUAAAAUCAUUUGUUCAUGACACAGGCCUUCCUAUUCCGAAAAAACUUGCACUCGGAGCAGAUCCAUAUAAGCAACAGAAACAGCAACAACAACAACAACAACAACAACAACAACAACAACAACAACAACAACAACAGCAACAAGAGCAGCAACAACAGCAGCAGCAACAACAACAACACCAACAGCAGCAGCAGCAACAACAACAACAUGCUGAAUGGCUUUUGAGUUCCUACCAUCGACAACAACAACAACAUCAGCAGCAGCAGCAACAACAACAACAGCCACCGCCACCACCACCGUAUAACGGUAGACAUCCUCAUUCAUCUGGAUCAACUAAAAUGAUGGUAAAUCAACCACGUUCAACAUAUUUACCACCACCAACCUCAACAACUUCGACACGUAUCAAUGCUGAUAUGAAUAAUUUAUCUUCAUCGUUACAGCGACGUAUUAAUUCGCCACCAUCAUAUUCAUCGGCAGUUGCUGCACAAAGUAAAUUAUUAGCUCAAAAGAAACUUUGGGAUGCUGCUGUACAAGCUGCUGCUCAUGCUCAACAACACUAUCAUCAUCAAAAGCAACCACAACCGCCGCCGCCGCCACCACCACCCACAACAAAUCCUAUAAAUGAGCUUCAAAAUUAUAUUAAUUGUUCAAAUUCAUCUAGUGGAAAUCAUAAUAAAAUGUCAGCUUAUAUUAAUCCUGAAACACUAAAACUUUUAUCAUCAACGACAACACCAGGAAACAGUUCUCAUGAUGAACAAAAUAUUUAUUCGAACGAUCCACGUUAUAAACUCAUGCGUCCAUCAUAUCCUAAUGCAACAGUUAGUUCUAUACCACAACAAUGUCUUAUUCGACAAAGAAUUAAUCAAAAUAAUUCAUCAACAUUAACACAACAACAACAACAACAACAACAACAACGUGAUAUAGGCGCAGGUCUCUAUAAUAAUUAUAGAAGACGUUCAAGUGGAUUUUCAUCGACGACAAGUCAUGGUGGACCAAGUGACGAUGAAAGUGACGAAUAUAUUCCACCAAGAAAAGAUUCAUCUACUUCUAAUGCAUCAAGUGGUUAUGAAUCAGGUUUAGCACCCUGCCAUCAAUCACCACCAGUAUCAUCAUCGAUUCGUACUGAAUCAGGCUCAUCUGUAGCAUCGGAAGCAUCAACAUCUUCUUGUUAUUACAAUAAUAAUAAUAAUAAUAAUAACAAUAAUAACGGUUCUAGUAAUAGUACAAAAUAUGCAAAUAAACGAUUAACAAAAAUGAAUUCAAGUGAUAAAGAUAUUGACAUUGACGAUCGUCAACAAUUAUCAUUAAAUACUGUUAGUGGUUAUGUUGAUGAUCUUAUGGAACGUAUACUUAAAAUGCCACCAAAAAAACGCGCAAAAUUUUAUCAAAUGCUCGAUGAAGAACGUUUAAAAGAUCUUAAUAAUAAUAAUCAAGAUAAUCCGAGAAAGUCAAAAAUAAUUGAAGGUGAAGAUGAUGAAAAUGAACAUCGUAUGGCAAUGGACGUUUCAAUGCCAUUGGUUGUUGCUGAAGCACAUAGUGAUGAAGAAGACGAUCGAACAUUAAUUGAAUUGAAACCGAAUGCAAAAUCAGUUCAUCUUAAUGAUGAUGAUAAUGAAGAAGUAAAAGAAACAUUAAAGCAACAGCAACCAUUUUUUGGAUUAAAUGAAAAAAGUUACGAGGAACUUCUUUCAAUGGGUGUACCAUUAGCCGUAUUAAGAGUAGUUGAUUAUCAAAAACGUCAACAAACACAAUCACUUAAUACAAAUAAUAAUCAGGUAUCAAAUUUUUUAACAAACAAACGCUCGGCAACAUCGUCAACAAAUAUUUCAUCAGAUAAAAACAAUAUACUUAAUGCAAGUAAAAUACUUCAAAGAAUUCUACAAGAACAUCAAAAAGAACAACAAGGUGAAACAUUAAUUGAAUCAAUGAACUAUACCAUCGAUGAAGAAGGUGCUGUGAUUGACGAUGAUGACGAUGAUGAUGUGCACCAAUUGUCAUCAUCAAUGACACCUCAUAAUAGAAAUGGUGUUCGGUCAAAUAGUCAUAAUCCAGGUACAGUAACGCUCAAUCCAAAUGAUAUUUCAUCGUUAUCACCACCUACAUCAACAUCAUCAUCGCCGGAUGAAACUGAUGUGCAUCAUCAAACGAGUCCAACCUCACUUAGUCGACCAUCAAGUACACCUGCUACUCUCGUUUCCUCUGGCUAUUGA